CCAGCGAGGCGCUGCUGCGAGCGGAGGAGGCGCCCGCGGCCGAGCGCGCGGCCCCAGCGUCACGGCGGCUCCUGCCUGGACCCCGGUGCUCGCCGAGCUGCCAGAGCCCCGCGCAGCGUCCCCGCGCGCCUCCCUGCCGCUCCCGCGUCGGGCCGGCCGCGGCGCCGGGAGCCCGAGCGAUGCUGCGCCGCCGCCCUGCGCCCGCGCUGGCCCCGGCCGCCCGGCUGCUGCUGGCCGGGCUGCUGUGCGGCGGCGGCGUCUGGGCCUCGCGAGUGAACAAACACAAGCCGUGGCUGGAGCCCACCUACCAUGGCAUCGUCACUGAGAAUGACAACACGGUGCUGCUGGACCCGCCCCUGAUCGCCCUGGACAAGGACGCGCCUCUGCGCUUCGCAGAGAGUUUUGAGGUGACAUUCACCAAAGAAGGUGAGAUUUGUGGGUUCAAGAUCCACGGGCAGGACGUGCCCUUUGACGCGGUGGUGGUGGACCCGGCCACGGGCGAGGGGCUGAUUCGCUCCAAACAGAAGCUGGACUGCGAGCUGCGGAAGGACUACAGCUUCACCCUCCAGGCCUACGACUGCGGGCAGGGGCCCGACGGCGGCCACGCCAAGAAGUCUCACAAGGCGGCCGUGCACAUCCAGGUGAGCGACGUGAACGAGUUCGCGCCCCUGUUCAAGGAGAAGUCCUACAAGGCCACGGUGGUCGAGGGCAAGCAGCCCGACAGCAUCCUGCGCGUGGAGGCUGUGGACGCCGACUGCUCCCCCCAGUUCAGCCAGAUCUGCAGCUACGAGAUCCUCACCCCGGAUGUCCCGUUCACGGUGGACAAGGAUGGUUACAUCAGGAGCACGGAGCAGCUGAGCGCCGGCAAGGAGCGCCAGUACAAGCUGACGGUCACCGCCUACGACUGCGGCAAGAAGCGGGCCGCGGAGGACGUUGUGGUCAAGGUCAGCGUCAAGCCCGCCUGCACCCCGGGCUGGCAAGGCUGGAGCGACAGGCUGGAGUAUGAGCCCGGCACAGGCGCCCUGGCCGUCUUCCCGAAUCUGCACCUGGAGACGUGCGGCGAGCCGAUUGCCUCGGUGCAGGCCACGGUGGAGCUGGAGACCAGCCACAUUGGGAAGGGCUGCGACCGAGACACCUACUCCGAGAAGGCCCUCCACCGGCUCUGCGGGGCCGCCGCCGGCACCGCCGAGCUGCUUCCAACCCCGAGCAGCAGCCUGAACUGGACCCUCGGCCUCCCCACCGACAACGGCCACGACAGCGAGCAGGUGUUUGAGUUCAACGGCACCCAGGCGGUGCGGGUCCCGGACGGCGUCGUGUCCGUCAACCCCAGGGAGCCCUUCACGGUGUCAGUGUGGAUGCGGCACGGGCCCUUCGGCCGCAAGAAGGAGACGAUUUUGUGCAGUUCAGACAAAACAGACAUGAACCGGCACCAUUACUCUCUCUACCUCCACGGGUGCCGGCUGAUCUUCCUCCUCCGCCAGGACCCUUCUGGGGAGAAGAAGUACAGCCCUGCGGAGUUCCACUGGAAACUGAGCCAGGUUUGUGAUGAGCAGUGGCACCACUACGUCCUCAAUGUGGAGUUCCCGAGCGUGACUCUGUACGUGGACGGGGCUGCCCACGAGCCCUUCUCCGUGACCGAGGACUCCCCGCUGCACCCCUCCAAGCUCGACACACAGCUCGUUGUGGGCGCCUGCUGGCAAGAGUAUUCAGGAGUUGAAAAUGACACUGACACUGAGCCCGUGACUUUGGCCUCUGCAGGGGGGGAACUGCGCAUGACUCAGUUUUUCCGAGGAAACCUGGCCGGCCUAACAAUCCGUUCCGGGAAGCUCGCGGACAAGAAGGUGAUCGACUGUCUGUACACCUGCAAAGAGGGGCUGGAGCUGCAGCUCCCCGAAGACAGCGGCCGCGGCGUGCAGAUCCAAGCAAACCCCGGCCAGUCCGUGCUGACCGUGGCGGGGGACGUCGGGGAGCUGGAGAAGGCCCUGCAGCACGUGUCCUACGUGAACUCGCGGCAGUUCCCCACGCCCGGCGUCCGGAGGCUCACCGUCACCAGCUCCGUCAAGUGCUUUAACGAGGCCGCCUGCAUCUCCCUGCCCCCCGUGGACGGCUACGUGAUGGUUCUGCAGCCCGAGGAGCCCAAGAUCAGCCUGAGCGGUGUCCACCACUUUGCCCGUGCGGCUUCGGAGUUUGAAAGUGCGGAAGGCGUCUCCCUCUUCCCCGAGCUCCGGAUUGUCAGCACCAUCACGCGGGAGGUGGAGCCCGAGGGCAACGGGGCCGAGGACCCUACAGUUCAAGAGUCCUUGGUGUCGGAGGAGAUAGUGCACGACCUGGACACCUGUGAGGUCACGGUGGAGGGGGAGGAGCUGAACCCGGACCAGGAAAGCCUGGAGGUGGACGUCGCCCGCCUGCAGCAGAAGGGCAUCGAAGUGAGCCACUCAAACCUGGGCGUGGUCUUCACAGGCGUGGACGCCAUGGCCAGCUACGAGGAGGUCCUGCACCUCCUGCGCUAUCGAAACUGGCACACCAGGUCCUUGCUUGACCGGAAGUUCAAGCUCAUCUGCUCGGAGCUGAAUGGCCGCUACAUGAGCAAUGAGUUUAAGGUGGAGGUGAACGUGAUCCACACGGCCAGCCCCAUGGAGCACGCCAGUCACAUGGCCGCCCAGCCACAGUUCGUUCACCCCGAGCAUCGCUCCUUCGUUGACCUAUCGGGUCACAACCUGGCCAAUCCUCACCCGUUCGCAGUGGUCCCCAGCACGGCCACCGUGGUGAUCGUGGUGUGCGUCAGCUUCCUGGUCUUCAUGAUCAUCUUGGGGGUGUUUCGCAUCCGGGCUGCGCAUCAGCGGACCAUGCGGGACCAGGAUGCCGGGAAGGAGAACGAAAUGGACUGGGACGACUCUGCCUUGACCAUCACCGUGAACCCCAUGGAGACAUACGAAGACCAGCACAGCAGUGAGGAGGAGGAGGAGGAAGAGGAGGAGGAGGAGGAGAGUGAGGACGGGGAGGAGGAGGAGGACAUCACCAGCGCGGAGUCCGAGAGCAGUGAGGAGGAAGGGGGCGGCCCCGGGGAUGCCCAGGGCGCCAGCCGGCAGCAGCAGCUGGAGUGGGACGACUCCACGCUCAGCUACUGAAGCCCGCGGCCGCUGGCCGCCCGGCCCCGCCCCUCCGCCCGUGCCGCGGGUCCAUGGUGUACAAAGUCAUUCCAGCCAGUAGGUCUGCAGACCCCUCCCUUUGCCGAUCGCCGCCUGUGCUUGAUGUCUAGGACCGUAGGCCCCCGCCCGCCCGCCCGCCUGCCCGCCGCUGCCUGGACGCUCCCCAGGGAGCGUGGAGCCCGCGCCCAGCAGGGGCCAGGGGACCAGGCUUGUUGACAAAGGGUAGAAAUCGCUCGCUCCCACCUGGUAAUCAUGUUUUCUUUUUUUAAAAAAAGUUUUUAUUUUUUUCCAGACUAGUGCAUGUACAAAAUGGCAAAACGGGGGAUUAAUAUGUAGAUGAUUAACUGACUUUUUAAUAUUUUGUAAAUAAACUGGGAUUCUUUGUGUCCUUUGUGCUGACGUAACCCAGGACUGGAAUGUAAAGUGAGGUUCAGGACCGAGCCCGCGGGAAGCCAGGCCCCUGCCCAGCUGUGGGGGCCCCGGGGGCCGGGGCGGGGACCUCCGGAGGCUGGAAGCAGCCCGCAGGUCUCGCCUUGGGGAUUCCACCUGCUUCCGGCGUGGCUACUGGGGUCGGGGCUGAGGGUCCCGGCCCCUCACUCCCUGGAGGCCAGCAGCCCUGAUGCACCUGUGCUCAGCAUCGUGGUUUGCACUUAGCCCGCGUGUCGCCCUGCCGUGCUGGUGAACGGAUGCGCAGGGGGUGCCAGCCACCGGCCACUUGGUGUGGGGCGGGAACAGGCCCGAGGGACCCUGACUCAGAAGACGCCCCGUGGCCUGAAGCAAAGUGUCAUAAAUGCCCCCUCCACUCCCCAGAGCCCCGUGGGGGGCCCCCGCCCUGGGGGCCGGAAUCCACGCCCAGCAGCCGAGAACACACGUGCUUCCCGAGUGCAGGUCACGCCGUCGACAGCUGAGCCCGGGACGGGUCCCCGCUGCCGGGUGCUGCGUGUGGCCGCCUCCCGCGUCCUGCCCCGUAGCUGCUCUGUGUAGGACAGACGCCCGUGCUGUUGCUGUGUGUGGAAUAGGUCGGAAAGUGUAUCCGCUACAAUAAAGCUCCGGUUCUAACUCCA